AUGAUGACGACGGUAGUGGUGUUUGUGGUGGUGAUGUUGAUGAUUGUUAUAAUGAUGGAGAUGAUGGCGGUGUUUGUUCUUGUGACGAUGAUGAUGGUGGGGGUGGUGACGAUUUUGAUGAUGACGGUUGCGACGAUUGUUAUGAUGAUUAUGAUGACGACGAUUUUUGAUGAUGUUGAUGACGAUGAUGGUGGCGACGUUGAUGAUGAUAGUGGGGGUGGUGACGACGUUGAUGAUAGUGGGGCUGGUUGCGAUGAUUUUGAUGAUCUUGAUGAUGGUGGUGGUGAUGAUGACGAUGAAGAUGAUUGUUGGUGA